AUGGAAAAGGUAACGCAGCUCGGCGGAGCGCUGGGCACCCGCUGCCCCCGCUCGGGGGAAGGGCAGGAUCCCCCACCCGCGGAGCGCCGCUCCCGGACGGCUGUCGCCCACGAGCUAGUGCGAGGAGAGAGGCCGCGCGGAAAUCUGACCAGCACGAGUGUCCCCGCCAAUGAAGUCUCCUCCCGGGCGAAGGAAGUGUCCUUUUACCAGGGCUACACAACCCCCUACCAGCACGUUCCGGGGUACAUAGACAUGGUCUCAACGUUUGGCUCUGGGGAACCGAGACACGAAACAUACAUAUCAAUGGAGGGCUAUCAGUCCUGGACUCUGGCUAAUGGCUGGAAUAGUCAGGUUUACUGUGCUAAAGAUCAGACACAGAGCUCACACUUUUGGAAAUCGUCCUUUCCAGGGGACGUUGCACUAAACCAGCCAGAUAUGUGUGUCUACCGGCGUGGGAGAAAGAAGCGAGUGCCGUACACAAAACUGCAGCUUAAAGAACUCGAGAAUGAAUAUGCCAUUAACAAGUUCAUUAACAAGGACAAGAGGCGAAGGAUAUCCGCAGCCACAAACCUGUCUGAGAGACAAGUUACCAUUUGGUUUCAGAACAGGAGGGUGAAGGAUAAGAAAAUAGUCUCGAAACUGAAAGACAAUGUAUCUUGA